AUGGUAGAUCCUAAGAAGACAGAAGUUGUGCAGAAAUGGCCCAGACCUACUUCUCCUAUAGAGAUUCGUAGCUUUUUAGGCUUGGCAGGCUAUUACAGGCAUUUUGUGCAGGAUUUAUCCAGAAUAGCAGCGCCGCUGACCAACCUAACACAGAAAAAUGCAAAGUUUCAGUGGACGCAGGAAUGUGAGCAGAGCUUUCAAAAACUCAAAACUUGUUUGACAACUGUACUAAUAUUAGCCUUACCAUCAGGUUCCGGAGGAUUUACGGUGUUCUCUCCUGCAAAGAGACUUUUGGCCAAAGAUAUUCAGAGACUAGAAGAUACAGGUAUCAUAUUUGGUGUCGGAAAUUCAGAGGCAUUGUUGGCUUGUGCUCAGGCUAAGUCUUCAUUAGUUGAGCGCAUUACGGCCACCCAAUAUGAGGAUAAGCGAUUAUGCAAAUAA